AUGAGGGUCUACCUGGACAUCGCGCUCGGGGACCCCGGGGAGUACGAGGACGCCGUCGCGGCGUACAAGCGCACGUGCGACUGGCUCAGGCAAUGCGGCGCGAACUACGGCCUGUGCUACUCCGACCCCGGUCAGGUAGAAACAGAGGAUGAGAGGGAGCUGCUGGCGGAGUCCUACGCCGCGGACCCCGCGUGGGCCGGCAAGGGCCCCUGCCGCCUCGCGGAGCCCGCGCCCCUCGUCGCGGGGCGGCUCGAGAUCGAGCUGUACGCCGACGUCCCGAAAGCGGCGGAGAACUUCCGGUGUCUGUGCACGGGCGAGAGAGGGUUGGGCAAGGCGAGCCGGAAGCCGCUGCACUACAAGGGCUGCGCGUUCCACCGGAUCGUCAAGGGCGCCAUGAUGCAGGGCGGGGACGUCGUGCGCGGGGACGGCAGCGGGGGGGAGUCGAUCCACGGCCCCAAGUUCAACGACGAGAAGGAGGGUUUGAAGCGGCGACACGACGCGGCGGGGGUGCUCGGGAUGGCCAACUCGGGGAAGAACAGCAACACGUCGCAGUUCUACAUCACGUUCGGGGCGGCGCCGAAGUUCGACGGGAAGCACUUGGUGGUGGGGAGGGUUGUGGCGGGGUUGGAGGUGCUGGAGCGGGUGAACGCGGAGGCGGCGAGCGAGGGAGGGGAGCCGCGGGCGCGCGUGGCGGUGUGGGACUGCGGCGUGCUGUGA